AAAAAAAUGGCGACGGAUAAGUAUCUGACAUGAAUGUGAUCAUGAUGUUUCCCAGUGAUUUUGCAAGAAAGUUACAGAAUGGAUAACUGAUGAUGCUUUAUCACUAUGAUGGAACUCUUUGACUCAAUGAAAUGAAUUACGGGAAGCGGAUAAAGCUCAUGCUUCCAAGCCGAAGCGAAAGUGAGCAUUCCCUUGGAGAUGACUUUGAUGAAGAUGGAAAAAGUAAUAAAAGUUUUUACUCAGAGGAUGGCAAAGGAGGGGGCAACAACAAAGAUAUUACUGACAGGGUGAAUCGGAAUCUAAGUGAGAAGAAACGCAGAGACCAGUUUAACAUGCUCGUCAACGAACUUUGCUCAAUGGUUUCCACAUCCAGCAAAAAGAUGGAUAAAUCCACAGUCCUAAAGUCAACCAUAGCAUACCUCAAAACUUACCAAGAGACAGCAGUUCAGGCCCAGGCCCAUGAAAUCAAGGAAGACUGGAAGCCAUCGUUUCUGUCCAAUGAUGAGUUCAUGCAUCUCAUGCUAGAGGCAUUGGAUAGUUUUUUACUGGUUUUUACUCAACAAGGCAAUAUACUGUAUGUAUCGGAGAGUGUGACUUCCCUACUGGGACAUCUACCUGCGGACCUCACUAAUCAGUCGGUAUACAGCUUUAUACACGAGAACGAAAAACAAAACCUCUACAACAUCCUGUUUCACUACAGCAUGCUUUCUCCAGAGGAACGGGCCAAAGAGAAGGAUCAGCUGUGUUAUAGCUGUCACUUCAGGAGGGAGUCCUUACCCCCCAGUACCAGUCCCCUGUAUGAAGUGGUCAGUUUGUCAGGGUUCCAGCACUGGAGCAGGGAUAAAUUGAGCAGUGUGGAGGAGGAAUGUUCCCAGUACGGACAGACCGGACCAAAAGAGAACAGCUGUUUCUGUUGUACCGUGAGACUACACAACUCGCAGUUUAUACGGGAAAUGUCUCUAGUGGACGAAUCUAAAACAGAAUUCACUUCACGACACAGCCUUGAAUGGAAGUUUUUAUUCCUGGAUCACAGAGCAUCUCCGAUAAUUGGAUAUCUACCAUUUGAAGUUUUAGGGACAUCUGGAUAUGAUUAUUAUCACCCGGAUGACCUUGAACAGAUUGCUAAAUCACAUGAGCAGUUAAUGCAGACAGGGGAGGGAUCGUCCGCUCACUACCGUUUUCUGACAAAGGGACAGCAGUGGAUCUGGAUAAAAACAAGAUAUUACAUUACAUAUCAUCAGUGGAAUUCCAAGCCAGAAUUUAUUGUUUGUACCAAUGUGGUUGUAGGUUAUGCUGAUGUCAGGGAACAAGUUCUGAAGGACUUGGGUAUUGAUUCUAAGUCUGACAAUCUGGAGUCCUCCUUCCAAGUCCAGCGAAGUCCCUCUGUAUGUUCUGUGACCUCAGGUGGGAGGUCACGGUCCAACUGGUCCUCUUCACACUCCAUUGAUUCUGCCAGCACUGAUCAGCAUGUCAGUGGGAACCAGAUGUCUGAUAAAGAGAGUGUAGAAGAACUGCCCUCUCACAUCACCAAAGAUUCCUCUUUGUCACAACACAAGCACAUCCAGCUUCUUCUCCAACAGAGGUACCUCAACCAGGCGACAGCUAAUGACCCCAAACAGCUGUCCAGAUACACAGAACCCGCCACUGCUGCUGCCCAGAAUCUGUUACACGUCAACCCAGAGAGACUGGCAAUGGUAUCAAACAGAAAUGGAGCAGAUAGUGUUUCCUCAACUUCGCACAUUCCCACAAUGCAUCACGGUUCACAACUUCCUGUUAUCGAUGGUCAAAAAUCUCCGAGUCAGGCUCCACAGUUAUUUCUGACACCAAUCCAGAAGCAGCUUCAUGAACAGUUGAGAGAGAAGUCCCAGAAGUUACAACAGGCCAUUCUGCAGCAACAGGAGGAACUCCAACAGAUAACUCGGCAGCUCGCUAUGGCUCAGCAGGGAAUUCUUCCACUCCCUGAGCUCCCCAGUCCAGGUACACCAGUGAUUAUGAAUCCACCUGUAAGAGCAGCUGUGAUAAAUACCACCCCUGUAAACGCAUCAGCAGGGUUCCCCUUACAGACCCCCGUAUCUACGGCCCUGCCCCAGGAGCAGCCCCAGUUCAGUCUGUUUCAGUUGAUGCCCCACGACACGGAGACUGUUUUCUCCUACACGUCAGACUGAGAGUCGAUCUCAGGACAGUCUGACGUCAUAGACUCUCCUCUCGGAGACCUGCCAUUGUACUCAUGUCAUUAUUUAAUGUAUUAACUGUUAUGAAGCAUUUAGGGACAAUCUACUGCCCAGACUGUUUUAUGUUGAAGCAUCUUUAUAUGGACUUCUUGUAUAAUGAUUGUACUUUGGUGUAUUGUGUAGUACAUGUGUAUAAUUUAUUUUUGAAAAAAUGGUAAAUUAAUCAUGAAAACGUGAUUUUUCCACUGUAAAAUUUUACAUGGAAAAAAUAGGUGAUUAAGACAUUUGAAGUAUUUAAAUGCCUUUCUUAAUUGAAUUUAAGGCCUAAAGCUUUACAAAACUCACUACCAGUACCAAUGUACAAAUUACAUAUACAUUGUACUGGUCUUUCACUGGUUUUACUACACAAGUUUUGUACAAGAUUUUUAAACAAUUUUUUUAGACUGUGCACGGUUUAUAUUACAGUGAGUUUGUGAUGACACUGUGUAGAAUUUUAUAUCUGAUAGCAUAGUCCCUCUUUGAACAUCUCAUUAAUGCAGUCACAUGAUGUAUGUUCUCUAUACAUUCCUAUCCCUUUGUUGAGAGCUGUGAGAGUAUGUGAUUACGUUCCUGGUUGUGUUAUUUGUUAUCCAUCAGUUAUUGGCCAUCACUGUCUCUUCAUCACUAAGUUUUAUAACUGACCUUCCAUGACCCGAGGGAUGUUGUACAUUAUUUGGUAGGACCUGUAUAAAGUGUUCCUGGUCUCUACCACUUGACAAGUUUUAAAGCAGAGGUUCAGAGGUUGAACAUUUCGACUUUCAUUUCAACUUUACCAUUUACUGCUAAUCUUUUGUACAUAAGUACUAUUGGGGAAAGGGUACUUUAUUCUGAGGGGAGGUAAUCCAUACACAAUAGGGUUUUUUCUAUAAUAACUGUACUUUGAUAUUUGACUUUCCUUAACAGUGUAUAAUUUUGUUCAUUAAGCAGAAAGGAACAGACAAAAUAGGUCAUAUCUGUGGCUCUGAGUCUGUUUUACACAUUUUAGGAUGACCUUGUAACAAAAAAAUCAGCUGUUUGUUGACCUUUACAAUAUUUUUUAGCUCACCUGAGCCGAAGGCUCAAGUGAGCUUUUCUGAUCAAAAUUUGUCCGUUUUCUGUCGUUGUCGUUGUUGUCGUCGUAAACUUUUCACAUUUUCAUCUUCUUCUCAAGAACCACUGGGCCAAUUUCAACCAAACUUGGCACAAAGUAUCCUUGGGUGAAGGGGAUUCAAGUUUGUUCAAAUGAAGGGCCACGCCCUUUUCCAAGGGGAGAUAAUCAUGAAUUUGUUAAAAAUUAAUGGCAUUUUUAAAAAAUCUUCUUCUCCAGAACCGCUGGGCCAGGAAAGAUGAAACUCAUGUGGAAGCAACCUCAGGUAGUGUAGAUUCAAGUUUGUUCAAAUCAUGACCCCCCGGGGCAAGGGUGGGGCCAAAAUGGCCGACCCAAGUUUUACAUAGGAAUAUAUAGGAAAAAUCUUUAAAAAUCUUCUUCUCCAGAACCACUGGGCCAGGAAAGAUGAAACUCAGGUGGAAUCAUCCUCAGGUAGUGUAGAUUCAAGUUUGUUCAAAUCAUGACCCCCGGGGCAAGGGUGGGGCCAAAAUGGCCGACCCUAGUUUUACAUAGGAAUAUAUAGGAAAAAUCUUUAAAAAUCUUUUUCUCCAGAACCGCUGGGCCAGGAAAGAUGAAACUCAUGUGGAAGCAACCUCAGGUAGUGUAGAUUCAAGUUUGUGCAAAUCAUGACCCCCGGGGCAAGGGUGGGGCCAAAAUGGCCGACCCAAGUUUUACAUAGGAAUAUAUAGGAAAAAUCUUUAAAAAUCUUCUUCUCAAGAACCACUGGGCCAGGAAAGAUGAAAUUCAUGUGGAAUCAUCCUCAGGUAGAGCAGAUUUAAGUUUGUUCAAAUCAUGACCCCCGACUAGGGUGGGGCCAAAAUGGCCGACCCAAGUUUUAUAUAGGAAUAUAUAGGAAAAAUCUUUAAAAAUCUUCUUCUCCAGAACCACUGGGCCAGGAAAGAUAAAACUCAUGUGGAAACUUCCUCAGGUAGAGCAGAUUUAAGUUUGUUCAAAUCAUGACCCCCGGGGCUAGGGUGGGGCCAAAAUGGCCGACCCAAGUUUUACAUAGGGAUAUAUAGGGAAACCUUUUAAAAUCUUCUUUACAAGUACUUCAAAGCUAUGAUUAGUGAUAUUUACAUGGAAUCAUCCUCAGGUAGUGUGGAUUCUAGUUUGUUCAAAUGAUGAACGCCUGGAGGGGGGGUGGGGGUGGGAGUAAAUUCAAGCCUGAUGUGCUCAGGUGAGGGCUGUGGCCCCUGGGCCUCUUGUUCCACUUCUUGUCAUAUACACAAUCAUUGCAGCAAAAAUUAUUUGUCAUUGAAUCUUUUUUUAAUUGUUUUGCUUUAUGAGAUUACCAAAUAUUAAAUUGAAAGAACUCUUAAUUAGCAUCUAUUGGUACUGAAAAUAUUUCCUAUCUAUUUCUUAUAUUACUUUUAAUUGUAUGGUUGAUACGACUCUUGGAAGCAAUGCCAAGUAAAUUCUUCUCAGCAAAAUCUGUGUUCAUGUAGAAGUUUUUUUUAUAAAGCAUCUUUGCAAGUAACCUUGUCCUUGAAUCAAACUGUGCAACAUCCUUAGAAAAAAAAAAUAUACAUUUUAUGUUUAAUAUAGAAAUCAUCAUAUGCUUUUUAAAGCAGAUAUCAUAAACUGUUAUAGAUGUAUGUGUGUAUACUAAUAAGAAAUCAUAGGUUUAUUAUCAAGUACAAAAAAAUACAAGAUUAAAUGAUGAUUUUUAAUGAUGAUCUGUAUAAAACACUAAGAAUAUUGUAGAUCAGGAAAGCAGCUACUAAUUUAGUGUGUACCUUUACUAAUUUGCUCUUCAGUAGACCAUUUCAAACUUGUCAAUUAUUUAGCAAUUUCAGGGUUUCAAGGAAAAGUAAUAUAGCAUAGGGUACUUAUUUUUAACAUUUGAUAGGAGGAUAAAAGUUAAUAUCUGAAUAAUGUCUAGCCAACUUUAGUCACAUGUACUUUAUGGAUAAAUUCAGUUUCUAAAAAAUCUUAUUUCCUUGCAUUAAAAAUCUUGACUCACUGUUUAAUAAUAUAUAUGACGUACUUGAGAGACAAGAGAGGUGGAAAAGAGAGAGAAACCUCUCUUGGUCAACGAAUCCAAUUUUUGUGGCGUGAUUUGAUUGUUAUAAUGGUGCAAUAAUGCAUUUGAAUGAUAGAUUAAUAUAUAUUUAUAAAUAUAUAUAGAUGUUGAUUACAUUGUUGUUGAUAUUAAAUGUGCACUUGUA